CUACAUAGAUCAGGAACACCGUUGAUGACGAAUCUCUUACCCAGCGCUGUGGGGGCGGACGGGCGGGUGAAUCUGUUUGUCGGCAAUCUCCCAUAUCGAGUCAGAUGGCAAGAUCUCAAAGAUCUCUUCCGGAAAGCAGGCACUGUACUACGCGCAGACGUAAGCCUCGGUCCAGACAAUAGGAGUAGAGGAUACGGUACUGUGCUCCUCGGGAGUAGAGAGGACGCCGCUAGGGCUAUCGAUCGGUUUAACGGCUACACCUGGCAAACUCGGACCCUGGAAGUCCGGCCCGAUCGACUACCGCCAGAGUACGAAGCUCAACCGCAUAUCCUGCAUAUGCAGAACCAGAGUCAUAAUCCGAAUCAGCACCCCCACCCGCAUCCACAUCAACAUGGCGGCCCGCACCCAUUUCAGAAUAACGGGAAUGGGAACGGCCGGGCACCGAUGUAUCCGCCGUUCAAUAACGGACCUCCACCGCCGCCUGGGGACGGCCAAGGACCCCACUCCCACCUCGCUUCCGCCAACUCCACCCACGCCCCCUCACCCGCUCCGGGCAACCCCAGUCCUCCAUCCUCAACUCUCGGCUCUUCCCUCCCUAUCGUCAAAGACCCCGUCGCCGGGCUCAACAUCGCCCCGUCCCCCCUCGCUGGCGCUCUCACCGGUACAGGCGGAGGAACGAUCCCCUCUGCCCUACCUAUCCCGGGCCACCCGCACCCGCACCCGCAUCCGGCGCUGGAACACCGUCGAGGCUCGCUCGCGCCCUCCGCAGCCCUCUCGCAAACCCGCAAUGGACAGUCCCCGGAUUUAGCGCAUUCUUCUAUCCGAGGCUCUUCGUCGAAUCUGCCUAUAUCGCGUCCGACGUCGAUUGUGGGUGGAGGACCAGGAGGUGGAAUCGGGGAUGGAUUCGGAGGCGGAGGGGAGGGGAGGCUGGGGAGUCAGCGGGGAUCGUUCUCGGGAAGUAAUGCUGGAGAGGUAGCGCCGCAUUUCCCGGUCCAGAUUGAGGGGCUGGCGCAUCAGGGGAUGGGGCUGGGGAGGCCGGACAAUCUGCAUGAGAGGGUGGUAUUUGUGUCGAAUAUGCCCCUCACGAUGCAGUGGCAGGAUCUGAAGGAUUUGCUACGUCCUGCUGGUCUGAUUAUGCGCGCCGACGUUGCGCAGGACGACAACCGAAAACCAAGAGGCUACGGUACUGCACUCUUUGCGACGGAAACAGACGCUGCACGAGCUGUCAAUAUGUUCAACGGGCGCGAGAUAGGCGGCCGUCAAAUCCGGGUCUACCUCGAGAAAGGCGCUCGAAAUCUCCCUACCCAAACGCAAUCACUUUCACAAUCCUCCGAAUCCGCCUCUUCCCUCCCCGCCUCGCCCGCAAACCGCCUUCCAUGGGGGAUCAACACCUCCCUCGCCCAAGCGCAAGCCCAAACGACUCCACAGCGCCCCACCUCCACUUCCGGAUCUACCACCUCCCCCAAUGGGUUCCCUGGCGGACCUACUCCCGGCCCGAACUUCCGCGCGAGCCAAUAUCAUCCCGGACCCAUCUCGAUGCCUCCCUUCUCGCCACUCCACACGCCUGGUUCAGGGAACCCGCUCUCGCCCCUCCAGACGAGAGGUCUACCGCCCAUGACGCCAAGUAUGCCCGGUUUCGUCUUUAAUGCGUUCCUGCCCGAAACGCCGGGCUGGCAUCCUGGAGGCGGAGGGCAUCCGUUCUUGUCCCCUGGGAUCGCGGGGCCGUUUAGUCCAGGUAUACCGAUGAACUCGCCAGGCGCGUUUGGGUACAAUCCGUUUCUCAAUGCGGCGCCGGGCGGGCCGGUGGAUCGGUUCGGCGGGAAUGGCGCCUUUGGAGGCGGUGGUAGUGGAAGCGGUGGGUGGCAAGGCGGUUCAGCGGCGCUCGGGACGCCGACGACGAUGGCGUUCGCCCCUGGCGAUCCUGUGCAUGGGUACGGAGGCGUCGGGUCUCCGGGGGUCACAACGCCCAACGGCAACGGCAAUGGCAACGGCAAUGCCAAUCAGUCGUACUUUGCCAAC